AUGGCGAUUUUGUUUGCUUAUUCUGCGUCUGUCCAGCUUAAUGAUCCUGAUUGGUACUUUUGGUUUCCUCUGUACACACUGGCUUUUGCAGUUAAUCUGAUUAACUGCAAAAGAACAUCGCAUUCGAGAAGAAUCAGACAGAUUACUAAAACAGCUCUUAGCUUGGCUCUGUUCUUGUUAGUUAAAGUAGUUACAGAGGAUGUCAUAACAGAGAAAGUCGGAGUCUUUUCUUUAGAUCUCACUCACAGAGUGGUCAGAGAGAAGAUCGGAAACGGUUUGGUGAUUGCUUCCAUGAUUCUGCAACUACAAGCUUCUUCUUCAAAAUCCAAACAGAAGAAGAAAUUCAUUGACUUUGGGAUGGCUACAACUGCAACCUUUGGCUAUGGACUUCCCUUUUGGUUCUUCACAAUCCAGAAAGGAGAAAUCAAGAUUUGA